AUGUCGCGACUUGGAAACGAGCAGGUGUAUACCUGUGCCUGGAGUCCCCCGGACACUUUCCCCCUCCUCUCGCGGGAAUGUCUUGAUCUGAAGGGCCUUCUGCAGCGCACGCCUUCCUUCCUCGGAUGCAACCUUCUGCCUGAAGAUACCCCGAUUCCCUUGAAAUUACUCGAAAAGGAAUCUCAAGAAGGCCAGUACGCUCUUGUCUCGAGCUGCCGCUCAAUCUGGCGGACUUCCUCAGACCCCGAACAAUGCCCCUUACCACCUAAAGCCAUGCCCGCCCAGCUUGUAGUAGGCGUGCAGAGCUCACUCACCGUGCAUCUGUCCGACUCGACACCUUUGACGCAGUGGCCGGGUACGCAGGGCAUUCUGAACGAGGACGAAGGCAACUACAUUGCCGUCUUGUUCCUGGCUUGGGCCUAUAUCCUGUCUGCGCAGUGGGCGGAGAUCAUGCAGAGGGUGGCUGGGUGUACGGUUCACCUUUCUCCGCCUGACGAGAAUUAA